UUAUUUCUGGCACGACCACUGGUUUGGCGAUGGUCCCCUUUCGGGCAUUAUUGAUGGUGGUCGGCUAACAUCAGUUCGUGUGGAGUAUUAUUUGGUCAACGGUCAGUGGGAUCGAAACAAGCUAGCUGAGGAUAUUCCUUUUGAGUGGAUCGAUAGGAUUUGCUCGGUCCCAAUCUCUGGUGCUUCGGGUGAUUUGCCCAUUUGGAGAGCUUCUUCGGAUGGCAAAAAUGAUAGCAAGCACAAGGAUAUCACGGUUCGUGCUUCUUCCAUCAUUUACAGGGUCAUCCAGCACAUCAGGAUUCUUCACCAAACCAAAUUACUUUCGGCGGACAGCUGGACUGGCAUUCCCCACGUGGCUGAGUCUCUUGGCCUAUAUUACCGAGUCAGAACACCAACUCUCACACCUCAUCGAGUUGUUUGGCUUCCACCGGAUCCGGGUUGGGUGAAGCUAAACACAGACGGAGCCCGUAGAGCAUCCACCCAGAUUGCAGCUAUUGGCGGGAUUAUCAGAGGUUCGGACGCUGAGGCCAUACUUGCAUUUCACGAGAGGAUCUCUGCCCCGAGCAGUAUUGCAGCCGAGCUUGCUGCCCUUGCCUCGGGGCUGCGAUUUGUUAUUCAGAGGCAAUUCACUAGAGUUUGGAUCGAGCUUGACGCAGAAGUCGCUGUUCGACUUCUUUCGCACACGGACCAAGGUCAUUGGAGUCUUCAGAGUUCUCUCACGGUGAUCCGGAACUCUCUUUCUACUUUGGAGUACAGGAUUACACAUAUCUACCGGGAGGGCAAAUACAGUAGCUGA